GAGCGGUUACACUUUCGACAAAGAGAGUCGACAGCAUAGCGAAGUUAACGAGCUUGUGAUAAACAGAAAGUCGGUGGGAUUAAAAUGAGGUUUUAAAUAGUAUCACGGAUUUGUUUGUCUCGUAAAUUGUCAUAAAAUACAACAUACGGGCUUUUCUUCUGGUUCGCUAUUUUCUUAGCUGACUUACUUGGUCACAAUGCUAACUAGUUAGCUAAUGCUAACGUUGGCUAACUCGAAAACAGAAUUUUGUAGUGCAACGAAGUGGGACAUCAUCCUCUUUUGUCGUCCUGCCAAACAGCUUAUAAACAAGAGGUCGUAAGCAGAAAUUACCAACAUUUUGCAUGGCGGUGGCUUCUGCCUCGAUGGCGGAUAAGAUCAUAGUCCUUGAUGAUGAUGAUGACGAUGAAGAGGAGAAUCUUCCAAAGUCCUGCUCUGCCUCCACCUCGUCCUCUCAACAUCAAGCCAAAAGUGUGUCAUCACUCAAAGCUCAGCAGCCUGCCCCUACCCACAUUACCCAGUCACCUUUUGCCUCAGCGAAGAAGCAUACGCAUGUUCUUCAGGCAGAGAAUCAGAGGUUGUUCACUGAGUUUGUGGAGUACUGCUCAGCUCUCACCCAGGACUGCCCGGAGGUCUUGACCUUCCUCCAAACCAAGCAUGCCAAGGCCUCUCCGGACUAUCUUUCAUCCGUGGAGUUUAGGAACACCUUGGGAAGAUGUUUGACUCGCGCUCAGGCCAACCGUUCCAAAACCUUUGUCUUCAUCAAUGAACUGUGCACUGCACUCAGGCAGCACGCAGCCAAGAAGAGGGUGAUCCUCACCAAGGCUGAGCCUGGGCCUUCUACCUCAACAUCAAGUUCUGUACAGGUUACCUCUGAUAUGGCAAAAGGGGAAGACGAGGCUAAAGUUCAGACGGAUGAGAAAGAGAAAGGGGUGAAACCGACAGUGGAGGAUGAGCAACCUUCCACCUUAGGGCUGCAGGAGGGCAAUAAUAAGGAGGUACAGGAAGCAGAGAGAAAGGCAAAGAGGGCAUCCAGGAAACAGAUUGCGUACCUGGAGAACCUAUUGAAAGUGUACAAUGAUGAGAUCCACCGGCUGCAGCAGGCCGAGCUGAGUUUAGAUGACCUGGGAAAUGAGGAAUCUUUAUACAUCCAGGAGCACAAGCUCAAACGCAAGAUGAUGAAGAUUUAUGAAAAGCUGUGUGAACUGAAGAACUGCAACACACUAACAGGUCGAGUCAUUGAGCAGAGGAUCCGCUACAAUAGCACUCGUUAUCCUGAGAUCAACAGGAAGAUUGAACGUUUCAUCAACAGCCCUGAGGCGCAGAGGAACCCUCCAGAUUACCAAGACAUCCUCCAGCAGGUGCUGCGCGCCAAUGUGCGCCACAACCUGUGCCUGAGCCGAAAACAGCUAAACCAAAUCGCCCAGGAGGCUUUCAGAGAGACAGGGAGCAGCCUACAGGAGAGACGUCACCUGGACCUGGUGUACAACUUUGGCUCAUGGCUCACUGACACCUACAAGCCUGCUGCAGAUCCAGCUCUGUCAGACCCCUCACUGCUGAGGCGGCUUCGGUCAAACAGAGAAGAGGCUCUGUCCCGUCUGGAGGAGGUCAUCACCAAGUACGCCGUCAGACAAGAGGACACGGAGGAGCAGGAGAGGGCCAGACGACUGGAGAAAGACAAGGAGAAAGACAAGGAGAAAGAGGCCCACAGAUCAGAAAAUGGAGGAGAAAAUAAAGAGGUGAAUGGAGUGGCAGAGGAAGAAGAGGAGGAGGAGGAGGAGGAGGAGGAGGAGGAGGAUGAUGACGAAGAAGAUGAAUCAUCAGACCCAGACAUUGAGGAAGAGAUCCAGGCCAGCACUCAGCAGGAUGGACCAGACGAUGAUGAGAACGAGGACGAUGACGGCAACGAGGCAGAACCAGCCUUUGAUGGUACCAACAAGGACGAUCAGAUGGAUCAGUUGUCAGGAAGCGUUUCUGCAGAGCGGGAAGGAAGUGUGAAAGAUCAGGAUGAGGAGCCAGUCACAAGUGGGCUUAGUCCUCUUUCUGAUGAAAGCAAGUCCCAACUGUCUGACAUCCCGUCCCCUAGACAGAGCCCAUGCCAAUCACAGUCAAUGCAGACAGAUGACCAGACAACAUUGUCUAAUGGUAACCAUGCAGGAUUAGAGGAGACCGUGGAUUCCUCCAAUCAAGUUUCAGUUGUACUGGUAAGCACCAGCAAAGUUAGAAAGGACCCUGUGUCACCGGCAGCAGCCAAUGGGGUGUCUCAGCCCCUGUCGCCAGUGGUUAUUGUAGAAAAUCGUGACACACUCACUACCAAUGGCACGUCACCGCCACCCGGCAUCAGAGCCACAAGGAGCCAGAAGAGGAAGAGGGAGGACAUAACAUCAGAGAAGUCCCGAAAUACAAAGCACAUACUCAUCGAUGACAGUGAGACAGACAUUCCUCUGGACAUGGGCGUUUUCAGCUGCAAUUCUCCACAGCAGGUAGAGUCAACCCGAGCAGACACUCCAACCCAGGAAAUGGUCAGCAGCUCACAGUCGACACCGCCUCCCAAGAAAAACAAGGUCAAUGUGGCCACCCAGUGUGACCCGGAUGAAAUAAUUGUCCUGUCGGACUCUGAAUGACCUCCCACUUUAAUGCAAGAUUCUUCCACAUCUCACCUGUAUUCUGGGACAGAUUUCCUGAAAAGAUCCAUUUCUAAGGACUGCCUUGUCUGCUAUCUUGCAAGAAGAGGAAAAAGGCUAACAUUACUGUUCUAAAUGUGAUCUAAACAGCCAUUUGUGGCUGUGGAAGAUGGGGAAAACUAUGAAUUUAGUACCUCACUUGAUUACAUAUAACCAAGCCAAGACAGGUGUUUUUGUAAAAGACUUAAAUAAAAUAAUUGUAACAUUUUAAAGGAAGCUGUUUAAUCAGGACAUGUUUUUUUUGGAAAAUCAAGGAGUCCUUCUCUUCUGCUGUGUGUACCAGAAAAUACAGCUGUACUUUUCUUUUUCUAAGCAGAGAAACAUUUGGGCUAUUCCAAACUCAGAGAUAAAAAAAAGAAAAAUCCUCUUGGGAUGAUUGUCCCUCCGUUCAGAGUUUUGUUAGUGUGGUUUGGGUUAGAAACCAGUGCCUAAAAACUUGAACUGUGCAGCCGGAUAGGUGGCCCAGACAGGGAGUUCUGUUUUCACAGACACAUGACUGGCAAGGACUUAAACUCACCACCAGUUUGUUUACAUUUUUAUAUUUCAAUUGCUUUUUUCCCCCAUAAAGGAGAGUGGGUAGUGGUGGUCUGAACAAAAGGAAUUUUAGAUGAUUGUUUAACUUGCAAUUUAUGGUGUGUGCAUCGAACCAGUGAGCUGUGUGGUGGUUUGUACUCUACUGUUAGCUGUGUGUGGACUGCAGCACUGACAGUGGGCAAUGACACUUUAAAAUGUUACCUUUUUAUGUUUUCCCUCCAAACCUAUUUCUAUUUUCAGGUUUAUAAUAAAGAAAGUGACUAUUUUUAUUUAUGUCUGCCGUUGGAUCACUGAAGAGUUUCUAGAUAGAUAUUGGAUUGAAUGCUGACAAAGCUAAUAAUAAUAAUAGGUUGGUAAUAUUCUAUAUUUUUCUUAUAGUCAACAUCCCAUCGAAAGACCAAAACCAUGACUCUGUAAUCAAAGCCUGAUAAAUGUCAUUCCUCUGUGCCACAGAGAGUGCUGCAGGAAUGAUCCUAAAAUUUGGAAAUGAGUCAGCAUUUUUACACUCCCGGUUCCCUCUUCUUAAAAUCAAUGGGUUUUUUAAAUUUGAAUACAUUUUUGAUUAGAUGCCUGCAAUAAGGUCUGUGAUUAACAUAAGCCUAAGUGUUUUGUUCUAUGACAUAAAAUAUGUCAGUAAAUACUCCACUUAUAAAUGUUGAAGCUUCUCUGUGUAUUAAAAACGUUAAAAAACUACAUUUUUGACCUAUUUUUAAAGAUUUAAGUCUUCAGUAGGAACCAGUGGGCUUGCUGCAGAGAGCAGGGUAACACAGUCAGACAGUAGCAGGAGAUGGACUACAACAUUGUUGGUUUUGGUCUUUGCAUAGAAUUGUUGACAUUAAGCCUUAUCCUUUAUGUAGCUAUAGCACAAAAAUGUUUCCUCAUGAUUCUGACAGGUCUGAAAGAGAUGCAUCUCAAACAGAAUCUCUCCGUAACACUGAUCAUUUCUACCUUUGCCUCUGCCCAGCCCUGAUAACUACAUUUAUUCAUUUGGUCCUCACAGUUUAACACCAAAUCAAAACUCAGCACAGUAGCUAUUAGUCUAAAUUCAAACAACGAUCAAACCAUGAAUGCCUUUUUUACUGAAGCCAGUCCCGGCCCAGUCAAGGAUCCUAAACACCUGAGCAUUAUGACAAGAAAGAAAUUAAGUUUUAUUCUGACACAAAAAAUGAUUCACUUUAAUACAAACAAGCAUUUUUUUAUUUUUUUUUACAGUUGUUGGUGCAGCUAAUAGCUUGUUGUUCUCUCCUGUCAAUACACUGGGUACUCAGAUACAUUAAGCCAUCAGAAAGGAAAUUUCUGCAUCCCUGCUGUCGUUUUGAGUACAGUGAUGCACUUCAGAUCUCUAGCAUUUGAUAAGUAAGGUUUUUUUUGUGAGUAGUAUGUAUUGCGUUCAUUAUUAUAACUAGCUGUCUGGCUGGUUCCUGUGUAAAACAAGUACUAGAAUAUUGAUGGAAGAGUGUUGGUGAAAUCUCUCAACUUUUUAUCCUGACAACAACCCCCAUUUUUGUCUUUUCUUCCUGAAUCCCCUGAAUUUUUAUUUAAUUUUACCACACAGGUUGAAAUUAUAUUUUGGGGUAAUAGUCUUUUCAGAGUGCAGACCUGGAAUGUAGUUACAGUAGGUAAGAUCUGCCGGGCCUUAUGUAUGCAGAGGGGUGAUCCAUCAUUCACUGUGAAUUUUUUUCUUUUUCAUUUUUGAUAAAUAAAUUAUACAUUUUAUAUGUACA